CACACACAGCAAGCACAGCAACUCACACCGGUAAAAUGGAUCAAGCUCUGGAUAUCGAUCGGUGUGACUUGGAGUCCAAGGCCAAUAACACCGAGCACCACACAGACGAGAAUGGCGUGGACAGGCUAAUCGUACGCAGAGGGAGGCCAUUCACGAUUGUGCUGCAUCUCCGACAGAGCUUUCAGCCUCAGCCUGGCAAGGCCCCCACUCUCACAGUGCAAACAGGUCCACUCCCAUCGAGCGAGUCAGGCACGAGGGUUACUUUUACUGUGAGCGAUGCCAUAGACAAGAGCAGUUGGAGUGCUACCAUGUCUGCCAAGGAUGAGAAAACCUUGUCUCUGACCAUAAGCUCUCCUGCUGACGCUCCGAUUGGGAAGUACAACCUCCUUAUGGGCCAGAUUAACGCUGUCAGCCUCGCUGAAUUCAUCAUGCUUUUCAACCCUUGGUGCAGAAGAGAUGCUGUGUACAUGGAGAAUGAGGAGGAGAGAAAUGAGUAUGUACUAUGUCAGGAUGGGGUUAUUUUCCGAGGGACACCUCCGCGCUUUCAGGAGCUGCCAUGGACCUUUGGCCAGUUUGAGCCUGGCAUUUUGGACAUCUGUCUGAGGAUCCUGGAUGAAAACCCAAAGUUUAUCCAUGAUGCAGAUCAGGACUGCUCUGCCAGAAGGAACCCUGUCUAUGUGUCGCGUGUGUUGAGCGCAAUGAUUAACAGCUAUGAUGACAGAGGAGUGCUCAUGGGAAACUGGUCAGGGGAUUACACGGGGGGAGUCAAGCCCACGUUCUGGACAGGCAGCAGCGACAUUCUCCGCCAGUGGAAUGACAGCGAGUUUAAACCAGUGCGGUACGGGCAGUGCUGGGUGUUUGCUGCUGUGGCCUGUGCAGUUUCCAGAGCCCUGGGCAUUCCAUGCCGAGUGGUCACUAACUACGGAUCAGCCCAUGACACCGACUCCAACCUGGUAAUUGAAUACUUGUUUGACGAAAAUUCUGAAGACAUUGGUGACGACUCCAUAUGGAACUUCCAUGUGUGGAUAGACAGCUGGAUGGCUCGCCCUGAUCUGAAAGAAGGUUUUGGCGGCUGGCAAGCGAGUGACCCAACUCCACAAGAACGGAGCGAUGGUGUUUUCUGUUGUGGCCCAGUACCUGUAUCAGGCAUCAAAGAGGGUGAACUGACGCUGAAGUACGAUGCUCCAUUUGUGUACGCUGAAGUCAACGCUGAUGUUGUGACACUGGUCAGGCUGAAGAACGGGAAUACAGUUAAGAUCAGUGGAGACACAACAGAGGUUGGACAUCAUAUCAGCACCAAAGCUGUUGGCAAGGAUGAAAGACAUGACAUCACUAAUCUCUACAAAUAUCCCGAAGGCUCGGAGGAGGAGAGGAAGGUGUUUGAAAAGGCCCAACACCACAACAAGCUCCUGAAGACUGACGAGGAGCCUGGGGUUCACAUCAAAAUAAAGAUUGCAAAGUCCACCAUGAUCGGCACCGACUUUGAUGUCUUGGCCAUUGUCAGGAAUAAUUCACCCAUCCCUAAAACUUUCCUAUUGAUGUUCUAUGCACGGGUGCUUCAUUACAAUGGCAGAAUAGGAGACACUUGUGGAUUCACUGAUGUUCCCGAGCUUAAGGUUGAACCUUUCCAAGAGAUAUCCAGCCCACUCCGAGUGGAAUAUUCUCUGUAUGGCCCAUCCAUAACAGAUGAGAGGCUGAUCAAGCUGAAGGUUCUUCUUAUUGAGUCAGAAUCCAGGCAGUUUCAUAAGGAAGUAAAGACCAUUGUCUUGGAUUCACCAAAUAUAGUUAUUAAUAUUGUUGGCAUACCAAGAGUAAACCAGAAGUUGACUGCAGAUAUCACACUUCCGAAUCCUCUGCCAGUGCCUUUGCACGAGUGUGCCUUUUCCAUAAAGGGAAUUCAUCUCACUGAUGGACAAGAUAUUGUACACAAAAUUGGAACAGUGGCACCCAAGCAGUUUGCCACAACUAAACUUGAAUUUGUACCAAGUUCACCAGGGAGAAACAAGCUGAUUGUAGCAUUUAAUAGUGAUAAAUUAGGUAAUAUCUCAGCAUAUGAAACCAUUGUCAUAAAAGACUAAGAUUUGUUUAGGCCUAUUGCUUCCAAAUUAUGCGAACAUCAGGUUUUGAUGACAGUAACCAGAAUGGAUGAGGAUUUCUACAGCUUCUAUUUGCAGAUCGGGAUUUCAUAACACAGCACAGGGUCUAAUUCCAUAUUUAGUUCGUCCAAUAUGUUUAGUAGCCUGUCUUGUCAUCUGAGUAUAUGUAUGACGUAAUGUAUGUUGUGUUUUCUAUAGCCUACCUGGCCUUUUUUCUUGGACUUGUAGGCCUACAAGGUAGCCUACACUCACUCACUGGAGCCAUUGCACAAUACUGCAAAAGGUUUGCUUUCCACAAACCUUAGCCGGACUCACACCAGAUUGAUUAAACAAUACAUCAGCCUA